AUGGGGCACAACAGGCGAUCCAAGCCAACUGCCAAAGCUCGACGGGAAGGGCAAGAGAAGGCAAAGGAUAGAGAUCUCGCAAAGAAAUGGCUUGUCAGCGUCGAUCAAGUCAACUUUAGGGGCUCUAGAGAACUAGAGAGGAAAUUCUUCAAGUUCAUCAGAACGACCAAAACCUGGAGUCAACCCCUUAUCAUAGUCGGCUGCGAUGGCUCGGAUUCACUUGCUUGGAAUUGCCCCAAUGAUUAUCACCUCGAGAUAAAAUCUUCUCGAACGCUUGAUGAAACAGACAACCCUCAGGAUCCCAUCUGGCCACGUAAAAAACCUCGCAAGCGUCGGGGUAGGAAGCCUGCUAACCAACCCGUUGGAGGUUCUACCACUGAUCACCCCCCCGCUCCUGAGAAGCCACCUGUCAAGAUGAGUCGAGUCUUCUUUCUUAUACACAAGUCAAUCGCAAGAGAAUCAUGGGACGUUGAAUGGUACGAUGGCGUUAACAGCGAAAUGGUUGCCACUCUUCACAUGGCCACUGAGAUAGGCACCAUUCAGAUCCACUCCAUUUACAACCCCAACCAGCCUGAACAGACCAUGAACGUUCCUGAAAUGCUGGCUAAGACAACUGUGUCCGGCUUCGACAUCGUCAUGGGCGACUUCAACCUUCACCACCCGGCAUGGUCAGGUCCGCUCUUCCGUGGAGACCCCACCAAAACCCCAUUGCCAGCCAGACAACUUCAGGAGGGUAUGGCCAACGCGAACAUGAGACUCCAGACGAUCCCUGGAACUGAAACAUUCAGGUCAGGCAAGGGUGAAGACGCGAUCCGUUCGUGCAUUGACCUCAAUUUCGCCAGUGAGUCAUUGCAGGGCCGUAUCCAGUCAUGUCAAGUCUAUGAGGAGGAUCCUUGGCAAGGGAUCGACCAUCAUCCCAGCCGGACAAUAUUGGAGAUCGAACCUUUCCAAGACACGACGCUACGCUACCUAUACGACAAGGUCGAUAAGGUGCGUCAGGUCGUAAGGCCUUUAGACGAGUUGAGUGGGAUUGAGUUGGACAGAGGAGGUGUAGACAAACUUGCGGAAGAGGUCGUCGAGAGUUUGUGUACGGCUACAGAUGAAACUGUCCCGACAGACAAGGUGCACCCGCCCCCCAAGAAGCCUCCGGAUCAAAAAGCCCGUCAACUCCUUGACGGCGAUGGGAUUCCGUCCUCUGAGCCAAAACAACCCCCUGUCAACAGUCGGACCAAGGAACGGCAUCACCUGCGGGCCACAAAGCCUAACCCCGUCCGUGACGCUUUUCACAUCAUGGGAGAGUCCUCAAACGGUACAUGGAAGGCGGCUAGAGUGGCUACGCGAUUUUCCCAGGCACACAUUGCACAGAAUGUGCCCAUUCUCAUAGAUGCCAACGGCGUUGCCUAUGUUCUUGAUGAAGAGAAGCAACGGCAUCUUUUCGACGAGUUCUGGAAGGGGAGGGACAAGCCCGAGAUCGAGAACAUGACUACCGUUCCCUUCCCCACCGUCGACCCGGAACGCACUGUGUAUGUGAUGGAUUUGUCUUUUGACGAGGCGGAGAUCAAACGCCUUAUCAACCAUAUACGAGGGAGGAGUUCACCUGGCUUUGACACGGUCCAUGGACAGGCUUUGAAGCUGGCACGAGAAACGCUCGCUCCUUAUCUCGUCAUCCUCUUUCGCGCCUGCAUCAGGCUCGGCUACUUCCCUGCCUGCUUCAAGUCUUCCCUUGUGCGCGUUGUUCCGAAGCCAGGCAAGAAGUCAUAUACCUCAGCCAAGAGCUGGCGUCCGAUUGCGAUUCCAACUUCUAUUGGAAAGGUGUUGGAGAGGUUCCUGGCCAAUUGCCUCAAGAAGGUUGCUAUAGACAACCUUCUGUUACCCAGAUCCCAGUACGGCGCGCCAGGAAAGUCAACAACGCAGUGUAUGAGGACAUUGUUGGACACUAUUCACCGGAACUGGUCCAGGAAGAAGACUAGACUUGUGAUGAGGAAGUUGCGGAAGGUCACCAAGAUGGGUCUCGAUAUCGCAGGUGCUUUUGACCGGGUCAACCGUGCGCUGGUACUCCAGGUACUUGCAGAUAAGGGCAUACCUGAGCCUUUCCUUCGAAUCAUGCAGUCUUUCCUCUCCGAUCGCUAUAUCAGUCUCAAACUCCCUGACAGCAUCUCCGGCAACACCCUCGUCAACAUUGGCAUUCCGCAAGGCUCUCCACUCUCACCACUCCUAUUCUUGUUCUUUACAGCCCCUUUGCUUGAGCGACUGGAGGCACAGAAGGUCGACAAUGUCACGAUCAUUGUCUUCUCCUACGUCGAUGAUACAUAUAUUGUCGUCACGUCUCAGUCCUACGAAGACAACUGUUUGGCGUUGGAGAAGCUUCAUCACACGAUUGCGCAAUGGGCGCAGGAGACGGGGACGGAAUUCUCCCCUAACAAAUACAGCAUCACGCACUUCAAGAACCCCCAGGACAAGUCGCCUAACUGUCAACUCCUUCCCAACAUUCCAGGAGUUGCUGGCAACAGUGAUGUCUUGAAAGACAAGGAGGUCAAGAUGCUCGGAAUCACUCUCGACCCUCAGCUCGGCUUUAAGUCACACGUUGACGACAUUGAAAGGAGAGUCAACAAGAAGCUGAGGAUUCUGAAAAUCAUGGCUAAGCGAAAAGUUGGCCUUACAGUGCAGAAAGCAAGGGACUUCUACAUGGGUAGUAUCCUGCCCAUACUCGCAUACGCAUGUGAAGCUUGGUUCUUUUACAGCCCAACAGAGACGCUUCCGCAGUCGCUCAAGCAAGAGGUGAACCGACUGGAGUCAAUCCAGUACAAAGUCCUCAAGGACGUGACAGCCUAUUUUGGUCAAUCGCCGAAACAAGUCGUGAUGAAGGAGCUACACAUUCCCAGCAUUAGCGAGUACCUCUACAGGAGGGCACAGGUUGGACGAGCCUUGUCCAUGGACAUUCAAGAGAAGAAACCCUAUGUCCGUCCACUUCGCAACGAGCCAUCAGCCCAGAGGCAGUACAACAAACUUUCGACGGAUAUUCUCAACAAGGAGGCACACAAAUUGGCAAGACGAGCUGCAGAAGUACUACUGUUGAAGAACGGCGGCGAUGAGGAAAAAUUUCUCAAGGCGUGGCGUGUGCGAGACAAGCGCAAGAAAGUCAUCAACGACCUGGCACGCCAGGAUUCUGAGGAGAGAAGCGCCGAGGAAUGGAACAAGUACCGAUGUAAGCGACCGGACAAAUAUCCAUCCAGGCACCGUCUUGCCAGCUUGAGGGAGGAUUGGGGUCAUGAGAGUCUCGAUCUCUACAAGGAUCUGCGACGGGGCGAGAGCACAUUACUACUCGAAUUACGCACCGAGAAGAUCGCUUUGAACGGUCCGUUGCACGACAUGAGGAUUCGACGCCCAGUCCAGCCCAGCUCUGAAGCUGGCGAUCACACCCCAGAAGAGGCUGUUUUGUCCCCAGCAUGUACAUGCGGACAUCGAUACCAAACCGUCUAUCACAUGUUCUUUCAUUGCCCAGAACUUGAUUCUGCAAGACAGAAGUUGGUCGAUUGCAUUGGUAGACUGGAUCGGGACACCCUUCUUACAGUCCACGCGAAGCCUGCUACCCAAUGGGCCAUGGUGUUCUUCCCACUUGGCUCUCAGUACGACAACAUUCGCGAGGACUCGCCGUUUUAUGACCGGCACGCCAGUGCUUAG